AGUUGUGAGAAACUUAAUCUUGGAUUUGCCAAUUAUGGAAAUAAAAUAAUUGUAUAGUAAUAAGUUCAGAAUGCAUGUUAUUAUUAUUAUUGUUGUACCAUAUACGAUUAUGUAUUAUUCAACUUAAAAUUGAUAUUAGUUUGUUUUGGAAGGUUUGAAUGAAAUGCGUAAAGAGCUGAAUAAUAAUUUCAUUCUGGCACUGGUGUCUGAUAUUACUCUGAGUCUCGUAGUUUCUCAGAGAUAAUUGCUUAUUUGUGCUGGAGAUCUCAGUGGUCUCUCACCUCCCCCCUCUCUAAUGAGCGCGCUGUAAAAAUGCAGAGGCGCUCAGACGAGCGGCAGCAGAUCGGACCCACACUUCAGACUCAUCACACAACCACACGCACACACAGACACACGUCUCCUCAGUGUGCUCCUCAGUGUGCUCCUCUGCUGGACCCAGAGCUGUGGAGCAUCCCGUAAUCCCUCUGACUAUGGAACAUAGUUUAAUGCGGCGCUCUUUAUGGACCAACGACAGCAAAUUUCUCCACCAUCACGUUCCCGAUUUCUUAACCAGUGUCCAGGUUACACAGGAUAUACCGGCCGGUGUGUCCUUCGGCCCUUGUGUGCUUCAUAACACCUUCUACGACACAAUAGCGUUCAUCGCGUUGAAGUCUUUCGACAGAGGAGGAAAAUCCUAUGUGUUCAGGGUAGAUCCGGAUGCAUUAAAGAGUUCUCCUUUAGUGGUUCCAUGGCUCAGAUUGGUUCAGGCUGCUGUGGACGCAGAAGAACAGAACACAGAGGCCUAUCUGAAAGGAGACCAGCUGUAUUUCCGUACUAUCCGAGAUAUUAGCCAAGAGGAGGAACUUCUCGUCUGGUACGACGAGGAACUGUCUCAUCUUUUGGGCUUUAGCGACAUUAAAACCAGGGCCCUGAUAGAAGGUUACUCUUGUAGGAAGUGCGGUCAGGCGUUCAAGCACGAAAACCCCUUUCUGGCUCAUUGUCGCUUUUUGUGCGCACAAGCCAAAACGGAGCCAUUGCGAGGAGACACCGAGCAGAAGCGACAGCGCAGUGUUACUGACUUCCACAACAUCGCGAGGGACCUGGAACAGAGAAGGUCCUCGGAGGACCGAAAAAGGAGGUACGAGGAAACUUUGAGUCCGAGAUGCAGAAAACCUGUUUUGCUGGAGAAAAAAAACCUGACCAAUCACAACACGGGUCGCGUCCAUAAAGACUUGGAGGAUGAGCACGAUUUUACAGAGGCGACCAUGAAAGUCUCCAGUUCACCAUCUUCUAAGUUAAAAAGCAUAAAGUGCAGCGCGUUUGCGGAGAUCCAGAAAGCAAAAUCUAAAACAGAGGAUAUAACAAUUGGACAAUUGGACAAAGAGGGAGAUUUGGGCUUUCAUUCCGACUCCAGUGCUUUUUUGCAUUUGAGUGCGCAUGAGGAGCAAAAGAGUGCUUUCUGCAAGCCCAGAAAACUCAGCAUCACUGAGGACCAGCAGCAUCAGAGAGCGUUUGGUCCUGUGGAUGAUGUUUCAGAGCGGGCAGCUUUAGGAUACAGAAAGAUGUUGCCUUCGCACUUGUUUCAAGGCGACCCGUGUACACAGAGAGUCUCCGCGGUUUCCCUCAGCGCACCAGGUUCUUUCCAUUACGCACCGGAAAUGUGGGGCAGGAACAUCAGCGGCCCCUUACAGCCCACCACCUCGCUCCCUCUACUUCCUCCGACCAUCAGCUCCCUGGGCGUCACGGUGCAGAACUGGUGCGCUAAGUGUAACCUCUCAUUCCGGAUGACUUCGGACUUGGUGUUUCACAUGCGCUCGCACCACAAGAAGGAGUUCGCCGCCGAGGCUCAGGGUCGGAGGAGAAGGGAGCAGAAACUUACCUGCCCCAUCUGUCACGAGUACUUCCGCGAACGUCACCAUCUCUCGCGUCACAUGACUUCACAUAACUAAACGAUGGACCUGAAUGUUCUAUUUGGUUUAGAAUGGUUUCAUGCGAAUAUUCAUUUUUUAAAUUAAAUUCAUAUAAUACUUACUUCUCUUAUUAUCAUAAAGAAAUAAGUAAGUAAAUAAAUAGGACCCAUAUUUAAAAAGUA